AUGGUGGAUGCUUCCCUACUUGUUCCGGAGCUAUGGCUAGAGAUAGCCCGACACUUCCGCAGCAGAUCAAAGACCAGGACGGCGGCCCUUGCACGGGUCAAUCGCUACCUUCAUAGCAUCUUCCAAGCCGAGCUUUACCGUGCUGCUGUCAAACAUUGGGCCUCCGAGAUCACUAUUUUCGCCGCUGCCAAGGGCAAUCUGGAAACUCUGCAGGUCGCAGCCAAGUAUGGCGCAAGACUCCAAGAUUUCUAUCUCGCAGACCCAACAGAAGAAGUGGAACACAGAUGGGCGUCCUCACUCCGGGAACUUCUCCCACCCCAGGCUUGCUGGGCCACACCUCUUCAUCUGGCCGCGCAUAAGGGCCAUUACCAUGUUGUUAAAUGGCUUGUUGCGCAGGGGGUAGAUAUCAACGCUGCUGGCAGACUUAUCUGCAACUGCAAGCCUGUGGGGAGUCGCGUACCAGUACCCAGGCCGGUCGCAGACCAUCGCCACCCAAUGUCCGAUUACCCUGCUUGGACACCUCUACACCACGCCAUUUGCGGUGGACAUACUUCAGUUGCCAAGCUUCUACUCAUAGCCGGGGCCAAUCGCAAUCUGGUCGUACCGGUUGGGUCCGCCUCGUACCCAAAUGAGUUCACAGAGUUACAAGAUAGCGAAGCGACCGAACAUGGUGACCAGCAUAAACCUUUCGCCUGGUUUCAUGAUCCAGCCCGGAAAGCCUUCGUCCAGGAUAUACACCCAAUUCACGUUGCAGCGGCAUUCGGCAACAGGUCUCUAGUCAAAUAUCUGACGAGAGAAUGGGGUGUGGACAUCGACAGACUAGAUGACAAUCUCGCGACACCGCUACACCAUGCCAUUGCGGCGAAGAACAAGUCCAUGGUCGUGUACUUGCUGUCUCACGGGGCUGACGCGACCAAGUCAUGGCAACUCCGUGUGGAUAAUGAUGCCGUCGUAUCACACCACAACGCCCUCGACUUCGCCCUCGCUUUUGACGCUGACUGCUGUUCUGCCAUACUGGAAAAAGCAGAGAACAUAGCAUGGAUCGAAACUGCUGAUGAAGGCGGGCAUGUCCGCUUUGAAUCGAGCCUGAAGCUUUCACUCGCGGCAUUUGCCUUCGAGCCGAUGCACGAAGAGCACAUUUACACGUUGAGAGGUUACGCCAGAACGGCGAACGCAGACUUGAUGAAUUACGUGAGAUAUCCAAUCACAUCCAUCGAGAGCACCUUUUACCACAUCCUCGACAAAUUUGUUGACUGCACGAAGGAAGAAGCCCCUCGCAUGGGAGCUGGAUGGGAAGGCCAUUUUCUUGCUGAAAUGCAAGCAUCCUUCAAUAUUAUUUGCAUCAUCGAUUGCGUCCAUCUGAAUCAUGAGGCGUACCUAAGAAAACUUCUUGGUAUGAACCAUUUUGGCAUUGACAGCCUUUUUCCGAAGGAAAGUUUGCUGCAAUUGAUCCAGCUUGUCGGGAUGGGUAUCCCCGAUGUCCCGUUCCAAUGGCUGCGUCCUAUCGACAAGGAUGUCGAGUCUUUAUCGCAAUGCCCCAUCGGAACCCUUGCCGUGGUGUUUAUGAUAAGCUCAAGCCGUAUUGAAGGCAUUAGAGAUGAAAUUCGCCGAGUCGAUUGA